GUUCGAAUUAUAAUUUAUAAACACUUUACUUCCUUAGUUCCUUAUAUUUUAAUAAAAUCGCGAAAUGUGUUUCUUAAUUGCAAUAUUUAUCGUCCUGUUGCUUGUAAUUCAUUACAAGUAUGCUGAAGUGGAUCUAACGUUGAAGUAUUACGAAUUAUUCGGUAGAAAUCUCAAAGAAAUGCGAGGUAAAGUUGUAUGGAUCACUGGAGCUUCGAGUGGUAUAGGGGAGCACCUAGCGUACGAGCUCGCUCGUGCUGGUUGUAACUUAGUUCUCUCUGCAAGAAGACAACAGGAGCUCGAAAGGGUGAAAGAGAAAUGUCAUAAACUUGGAGCUGGCAGAAAAUAUGGCUCUGACAUUGAUGUACUUGUCUUGCCGCUUGAUACAACUAAAUUUGACACACAUGAGGAUGCUUUGAAAACUGUUCUUGGACAUUUUAGUCAGGUUGAUAUUUUGGUGAACAACAGUGGUAGAUCACAACGUGCGCUAGCUGUAGACACAGAACUUCAGGUCGAUAGGGAUUUGUUUGACUUAAACGUGAUUGGCCAAAUUUCACUGACAAAAGUGGUUCUUCGUGACAUGGUCAAGAGGAAUGAUGGUCACAUAGUUGUUGUCAGCAGUGUCCAAGGGAAAUUUGGCGUGGUUGGCUCUGCAACAUAUUCCGCAUCAAAGUUUGCCCUCCAGGGAUAUUUCUCUAGCCUUCGUGCAGAGCUCUAUGACAAAGGGAUAAUCGUCACUUCUAUUUGCCCUGGUCCCAUAAGAACUGCGAGUGUCCAAAAUGCAGUUACUGAAGUUUCUGGGAAGAGUUACAAGGACAACAAAAUAGCCGAGAAUGUCUCUGGUCGCAUGGAUGCGGGAAAAUUUGCCAGAUUUAUGGCGAUAGCUUUGGUCAAUAAACUGGACGAAUGCUGGAUCUCUCUUCAACCAGUGUUGUUGAUAACAUACGCUUCGCAAUACAUGCCUUCUUUUUUCACAAUGUUGUACAAAAGAUUUGGAAUGAAAGGUUUGAAGAAACUUCGAGAAGCCAAAGCGAAAGUAAAUUGAGUCUCUGGAUAAAUGCAUCUCUCGUGUCGUAUGAAGAAACACACUGCGUCCCAAAGACUGAAAAGGCGUGAAAUAAACACGUGAUCUCGAUGAAUUAUCCAACUGACAUGAUCGACUCAUCAAAAUAUAAAUAUAUUAAAAUUCCUGGAAAGUUAUUGUUCUCAAACAAUUAUGUAAUAUAUUUUUAAAUUUUAAAAGAAUAUAUGUU